CAGCCAUGCCCGAGUCGAGCAGAGCUUCGCACGCCGCUGCCGCCUCGCGCGCGCCCGACCCCGACGACUACCCUGACGACAUCUUCGGGCCGCCUGCCGCCGGCGGCGCCGCACACUCCGCCGCGUCCUUCGCGCUGCCGUCCAGCAGCACGCUGCCCGCCGACGACCCGCUCGGCGCCUGGGCACGCACCACGCGCUUCGCCGUGCUCUCGCACUUCUCCCAGAUCACCUCGGCGGCGCGCUCCGGCGCCCACGCGCUGCUCUCGCACCCCAUCGCCGCGCGCAUCGCCGCCGAGUCGGCCGGCGCCGGGCCGCGUGCCGCCGGCCUGGCCGACGCCAUCACGUCGUUCGCACAGCACGGCCCGCUCUACCCACUGGGGCCGAGCGAUCCCGAGUGGCGCCACUCCGAGGCCGCCAAGGCCAUCGGCGGCGAGUUCGACAGCGCCCGCGUCUUUCUCGCGCGCUUCGCCCGCCAGGUUGCCGAGCAGGCCGAACGCAGCCGUCUGGCAGAGCAGGAGGAGGCGCGCAAGAAGGGCGAGCAGAGCGGCGUGGCGCACGAGCCGAGCGUGCUGGGUGCCUUUGAGAUCCUGGACCUGCAGCCUUCGGUGCAGCGGCCUACGCCGACGCGCGAUGCAAUGCGGCCGAUCACCAGCGCCGAGUGGGAGAGCUUCUUCGACAAGCAAGGCGCGCCGCUCGUGCCGUUCUCGCAAGCGCGGCAGCUGAUCUUCAGGCGAAGCCUGGGACCUGCGCCGACCUGCAAGCCAGGUGCCGACCCCGCCUCUCUGCACGUACGGCCGCGUUGCCAGGCGUGGUCCUUUCUGCUGGGCGCCGAGGACUGGCGCAUGGGCGAGACGGCCGCGGAGCGCGCACGCAAGUGGGAGCGGCGCGUCGAGGAGUACUGGGCGGCGAAGCGUGCCUGGGCAGGUCCCAGUGCGAUGCCUCUCUCGGGCGUCGCUCCAGCUCCGCGCACGGCGCACGACCCCCUCGAUGCUGCGACACCCGCGCGGGAGCGCGAGCGCGAGGAGCAACGCUGUUCAGAGCUGCAGCAGACGCCCUGGAUGAAGGAGCAGGCGCACAGAGUGCACGUCGAUUGCGUGCGCACCGAUCGCAAGCUGCCGCUCUUUGCCAAUCUGCCGAUGCCGCCUGCGCCGACCAAAGCGCCAGCUCCGAACGCUCCGCUGGACGGAGCCAAGGCCGGACAGGACGUCGACACGCCGCCGCCGCCGAAUCCGCACAUGUCCGCGCUUGCGGAUGUGCUGAUGACCUACGUCAUUUGGGAUCAAGCGAAGGGCGAAGGCAGCGGUGCUGUGCCUGGAUCUAGCGCUCAGCCGGCUGGCGCAGACGAGAGCGUCAAAGCGCUGGGCGAGAAGAUCGAUCUCCGGACCGGCGGGACCCGGCACACGGCGCUCGGCAGCUACGUGCAGGGCAUGAGCGAUCUCUGCGCCACCAUCUACUCGGUCUGCGCAGGCGACGAGGCCCGGACGUUCUGGUGCUUUGCCGGAUUCAUGGAGCGCGUCGUGAGUGCGCCUGGCAGGCCGGCGUUGAGCUGCGCUCAUCCCAUUCCGCAGCGCUCCAACUUCUAUGCCGAUCAGAGCGGCAUGCGCCGUCAGCUCUCGCUGCUGCAGAAGCUCAUCCAGGUCAUGGACCCGGCGGUGUAUGCGCAUCUCGAAAGCACCGACUCGCUGCACCUCUUCUUCUGCUUCAGAUGGCUGCUCGUGGUGUUCAAGCGCGAGUUCGACUUCUCGAGCGUGAUCAAGCUCUGGGAGGCCAUGUGGGCGGCCGAGCCGCGCAGCGAUGACGAUGACGACGACGACGAGCAACGAGGCGGAGUGCGGACUGACCGGCAGCGCGUUGGGCUCACAGACCACCUGCACCUCUUCGUCGUGCUGGCCAUCCUGCAGCAGCAUCGCGAUCCGCUGCUCAGCUAUCUCUACAACUUCGACGAGAUCCUGCUUGUGAGCAGAGCCGGGAUGCUGCGCAGCCCAAGUCGCCGUCGCUGACCACGGGAGCAGUACUUCCAGGGCCUGUCUCAUUCAAUCGACGUGGAGGCGACGCUGGCGCAGGCAGA